AUGCCGGUUGGUUCUAUUUCCAAUAAAUCAAUAGAUUUGUGGCCGAGUACUAACAGUAAUUUUAGCAUUUAUACAGAAACAGAAUUGGAUGUUGUUCAGUUUAACAUCUCCAUUGACUAUACAGUGAGUGAAGCACAAAAAUUUCCUGUAGACUAUUACCUCAUAUCAUACCACAUUAAAAUGAGCCAGUUCCUUCGAGGUCAACAGUUCAAUCCUGAAGGAAUCAACCAGACUCAAAAAUCAAGGACUAAAAUCUAUUUCUUAAAUAAUUGCUCACUUCAAAGUGAUAUUUUGGAUGAAAAAGGACAACAGGAACCACCAGGCCAUAAUUUCACAGUAGUGGUGAAUGGAUUGUUCUUCGAAGAAUUGGAUAUAUAUGUUUACAAAAUAAGGACUGAAGAUCGCGAUUUUAACUUUACAACAGAACCGAACACCAACAGCACAAAGAAGAGAAUAUGGUACCUUACGUUAGAAAAAUAUUGGGAGCUGUGGAUAUCUUGUAUUCUGAUGAUUCUAACUGUUAUUUUAUCAAUAACAUCUCUCAUACACUGGUGCUACAAAGCCUAUCACAAAAAUCAAACUAAUUGGCGAGAAUCACUGCAAAACAAAGAAAUUCCAUGUGGCAGUACGACCUCACCCGACAACACCAGCUGGCAGACUGAUGCCUGA